AUGGCCCCAUCACUCAAUUUAAGUGCAACUUUGAACAUAUCAAGGUUACUAUACAACCCUGGUUUAUGUCUCCCCCACAUUACAGUCAAAUCAUUUGACCAAUUGACUUUGCCCUUCCAAAUACCCAACCAUCCAAAUGUCAAGAUAAAGGGUGUUGUAUUGGACAAGGACAACUGUUUUGCCAAAGAUCAUGACGACAAGGUGUGGCCAGCGUACGAGACGACUUGGUUGAAACUCAAAUCAAUUUAUCCACGGGAACACAUACUUAUAGUCAGCAACUCGGCUGGGACUGACGACGAUCACGAUCACGCUCAAGCGCAGACUUUAGAGCAAAGCACCGGCGUCAGCGUGCUUCGUCACUCAGUCAAGAAGCCCGGCUGUUUGGAUGAAAUAAAGCAGUAUUUUGCCAAGCAGGAUAUCAAACCUAGUGAAGUGGUUGUUGUUGGAGAUCGUUUAUUUACUGACAUGGUGAUGGCAAAUAUGAUGGGAAGUUGGGGCUGCUGGAUCAGCGAAGGUGUGCAGCUAAGUGACAAAUUGUUUCCUAGAUUGGAGAGGGAUUUGUACCUGAGAUUAGUAUCAAGUAGGAAAGAGAAUCCGUGGACUCCACCAACACCUCAGAGUGCAGAUGAACCCGUGUCAAGAAUAUGA